AUGGCGUCGGUGUCCGGCGCGAUUGGGAAGGCAGCCUCCACUUGCUCCAAUUACAGCAUCCGCUUGCUUUUGGCUAAAGAGCCUCAGCAACAGGAGACUCUGUUUCUGUGUGUGCUUGCAGAUAGCUUGUCACCUCCCGUCAAUGUGACCAUCACAGCGCUGAAAGCAAACUCUGCUGUGGUGACAUGGGACAUCCCCGAGGGAGACUCCGUCAUUGGCUUCGCCAUCACACAGCAGAAGAAAGACGUGCGUAUGCUGCGUUUCAUCCAGGAAGUCAACACCACCACACGCUCCUGUGCAUUAUGGGACUUGGAGGAGGAGACCGACUACAUUGUGCAUGUCCAGUCCAUCAGCAUGUCUGGGACGAGCCCGCUGAGCGAACCGCUGCGCUUCCGAACGCCGAAGGAGGCCGAAACUCAGGCCUCUAAGAGUAAAGACGAAGUGACGAUGGAAGAAGUGGGCCAGUCCACCCAGCUGAGGGCGGGGGAGCUCAUCAUCAUUGUGGUUGUACUUAUCAUGUGGGCAGGUGUGAUCGCCCUCUUCUGUCGCCAGUACGACAUAAUCAAAGACAACGAGCCCAACACCAACAAGGACAAGGCCAAAAACUCCUCGGAGUGCAGCACUCCUGAACACCCACGGGGGGGGCUGUUGCGCAGUAAGUUCUCCAAGAACAACAAGAUGCCAUCUGUUAACAUCAUUGAGGUGUGACUGCCAAGACGUC